ACCAGAGGUUCCCAACCCCUGGUCCUUGGGUGUGAUUCACGUGAUUGCUGUUUUAUUCCAGAUGCACGGAGAAGUGAAAAGGAAGAGAAUUCCAUAUGCAGAAGAAGCGAGCCAGUGGCAGCGCCGGGGCAGGCCAAGGAGAACAUGUCCCAACAUUGGACUGAGGAGGAACUUUCCAAGAACUCGGAUCAUGUGGAAGGGAAGCAGGGACCUGUCAGUGGGAUCAAGCGGAAUAGGCCAUCCAUUGGAAGAGAAGAAAGUGAUAGCAACAGUGACCCCAGUGCUGCUAAAAUUCAGCAGAGGCUUUACAAGAGCGAGAGGGAAGGGAUAUCAGCUGUGGGCCCAGACUGGCCUGGCUGUGAGGGAAGAAGCUGCAGCUUGAAAACGUACAACUGCACAGACAGUUCUGACCUCAUCCUCAGUCACCAGAGAACCCACAUGGCUGAGAAGCCCUACAAAUGCUUGAACUGUGGGAAGGGUUUCACCCGCAGCUCAAACCUUAUGAGCCAUCAGAGGACCCACACGGGGGAGAGGCCGUACCAGUGCUUAGACUGUGGGGAGAGCUUCUCCCAAAGCUCGCAAGUCACCAGCCACCAGCGCAUGCAUACGGGGGAGAAACCGUACAGGUGUCCCGAGUGCCAGAAAUCCUUCAGCCUGCGCUCGCUCCUGACCCGACAUCAGAAGAUCCACAGGGGGGAAAAACCGUACCAGUGUGCCGAGUGCGGGAAACGGUUCAUUGAGAGCUCCAAGCUCGUGACACACGAGAGAACCCACACGGGUGAGAAGCCGUACAAGUGCGUCGUGUGUGGGAUCGGCUUCGGUCAGAGCUCAAACCUUCUGGAUCACGUCAGGACCCACACUGGGGAGAAACCCUACCGAUGUGCCCACUGUGGGAAAAGCUUUAGCCGGAGCUCGAACCUCAUCGUUCACGAGAGGACCCACACGGGCGAAAGGCCCUACGAGUGCUCCCAAUGCGGGAAGGGCUUCACCCAGAACUCCCGCCUGGUUAGCCACAGGAGAAUCCACAUCCAAGAAACAGCAUAAAAAUUGACUUAAAUAACGAUUUAAAAUUUUCAUUUUAAAUGGUAAAAAAAAAACACACCAGUUUUUUUUUAUUCAAAUCAAAUCCAACCUAUUCCCCACCAUUUUAUAAAGGAAGGAAGUGGUUUUUGGUUUGCAGAGUAUGAUCUAUUUGGGGAGGGGAGAGAGAUGGAAAUACUAAUUUUUUGGACUAUUUAUUUUAUUA